GUCAUCCUCUGGCACGCGCGUUUCGUUUCCAAUUAUGUUUACGAUCGAGGAAGGGAGCCAGCCGGCGGCGGUGGGCGGCGACGCCCCGGCAACGGAGCUACAGAAGCACGUGGCGUUCUUCGACAGCGACCACGACGGCAUCAUCACCUUUGGCGAGACGUACAGAGGGCUCCGCACCCUCGGAUUUGGGAUUUUCGGCGCCACCGUGAGUGCUACCUUCAUCAAUGGCGACAUCGGCCCCAAAACUAGACCUGAAGACGCAGAUGGGUCAUGGUUUUCUAUCUAUGUACAGAACAUUCAUAAAGGGAUCCAUGGAAGUGAUACGGGUGCAUUCGAUUCUGAAGGAAGGUUUGUUAGUGAAAAAUUCAAUGAGAUAUUCACCAGGCAUGCAAAAACUGUACCCGACGGCCUGACAUCAGACGAGCUGGACGAGAUGCUUCAUGCAUACGCAGAUCAUACAGAGCACAAAGACAGCUCAGGAUGUUUAGAGAAAAAUUUUGAAAGUAAACUCGGCCUAAGAUCGAGAAAAUGCAGGCUCCAGGCUGCAACAGAGUGGCGGGCGACAUUCGAGGCCGCCAAGGACAAGGACGACAUCCUUCGCAAGGACACCGUCAGAGCCGUCUACGACGGGAGCUUCUUCAGUAAACUGGCGAAGGAGAAUGACGACUAAGGCUGUGUUCGCAUGUGGAUGAUGGGAACAUAGUGACUCCGCACGGAAAACGGAGCGAUCUAUUAGCACGUGAUUAAUUAAGUAUUAGUUAAUUUUUUUUCAAACAUAAAUUAAUUUGAUUUUUUAAACAACUUUUGUAUAGAAACUUUUUGUAAAAAAUACACCGUUUAGCAGUUUGAAAAGCGUGCACGCGAAAAACGAGGGAUUUGGGUUGGGAACCUAGAGGUCCAAACACACUCUAACGGGG